UUGUUUUAUUUACCCAGAAGAAUUGGGCAAGAGAGACUUUAGCAAGACACGUUGCUGGACUUAGGCCCUCUCCUCCCAUUAAUGCCAAAGCCAGGAGAGAUACCAGCUACUGAAUUUCAGCUGGAGAAAGGACCACAGCACAAUGAAGAUUUUCACAGGCGUCAUUUUCUGUUCCUUGGUCUUGGGAGUCAGCAGUGAAAGCUGGUAUUCAUUCUUCAAGGAGGCUGUGCAAGGGGCUUGGGACUUGUCCAGAGCCUAUUGGGACCAGCAAGUGGCCAAUCACCAACAUUCAGACCAAUAUUUCUAUGCCCGGGGAAACUAUGAUGCUUCAAAAAGGGGCCCCGGGGGCAUCUGGGCUGCUAAAGUGAUCAGCCUUGCCAGGGACUCUCUGCAGGGACUCUUCAACCGGUACUACUUUGGAAGCAGCAGCAGAGGCUUGGAGGACUUACAGGCCAAACGGAAAGCUGAGGAGUGGGGCCGGAGCGGCAAAGACCCCAAUCACUUCAGGCCUUCUGGCUUGCCUAAGGAAUACUGACCCCCCCUGCUCCCUCUGCUCCCAUGGGAGCAGGACGUGCGCCACCCACCUCUCCCCUGCAAAUGGGGCACAGUGUUCCUGAACUUGAUGUCCGCAGGACUGGUUCAGGGCACCCAGAGGUACCCCAUAAGUGUUUGCCAAAUUGAAUUUGUUGAUGGAAACUGGAAACUUGAAGGCAUGCUCUCUGGAAGAGUGGUUGUGUGGUGCCAUAUGGAAAGGAUUAUGUCAGGAUAACAGAAAUAAACUAGGACUGAACCGGGCAAAACAGGACAUAUAGUUACCUUACCUCUUAGUCAAGCAUACAAACUAUUAUCAGACCACAUCUCCCCAUUGCUUAAAAUCCUUCAAUCAAUUCCCAUUUUACUUACAAUGAAUCCAAGUCCUUAUUUCGGCCUAAAAACCUGGUGUGAUCUCCCCAUGGCCACCCUCCAGCAUCAGCCCAUGCUACACCCUCCCAACAAAGCAGUCUGCAUUCCAGUCCCACCAACAAGGCAAAUUUCUGUUUGCCACAGGGCCUUUGCACAUGACAUUCCCUCUACCCAGAACACGCUUCUGCUUGCUUUUCACAUGGCUGGCCCUUUCUCAUCCUGUAGCUCUCUCCUGAAAUCACUCUGUUCUGAGAGAGGCCUUCUUAAUCAUCCUGACUGGCCUGCAUGGUUAUAUUUAGCUUUUUACCAGCUUUCCUGUAUGUGGUAUUCUUUUACUGAUUUAUUGGUUUAUUGUUCA